AUGUCUUUCAGAGGUCUCAGCCGGCCGAAUGCCUCAUCUGGCAUGGGUGUUGAUGAGAAUAGCAAAAGUACUUUCUUGGAAUUGAAGCAGAAGAAGGUUCAUCGUUAUGUUAUCUUUAAGGUGGAUGAAAAGAAAAGAGAGGUUGUAGUUGAAAAGACGGGUGGUCCUGCUGAGAGUUAUGAUGAUUUCGCUGCUUCUUUGCCGGAGAAUGAUUGCAGAUAUGCUGUGUUUGAUUAUGAUUUUGUUACUUCUGAGAAUUGUCAAAAGAGCAAAAUCUUCUUCAUUGCAUGGUCUCCUUCAACUUCUCGAAUCCGUGCUAAGAUGCUCUAUGCCACAACUAAAGAAAGGUUUAGACGCGAGCUAGAUGGUGUCCAUUAUGAAAUCCAGGCUACUGAUCCCACAGAAAUGGAUCUUGAAGUGCUGAGGGACCGAGCACAUUGA